CAGAACCUGAAGGAAGCCAAACGAGCUCUCACUGGAACGACAAAAAGGGAAUCCCAAAGCAUUACCUUUGGAAAUAUUUCCCACGACAUUUCUUGUGGAUUUUGCUCCGUAUUCAAAUCGACAUUAUGCUGAACACCGUGGACUUCAGCGCUCUGGAUCUGCUUUGCGCUCAAGCGUUUCCUCUGGAGGGACAAUCAGAAUCCCCUCAGAAUCAACCUGAUGCUGCUUUCGGUCUGUUGAAGCCCAAAGCGGAGCCGCUGGACGCUGGUUUUCCCGACUGCUCCAGCGACGGGUUCCCGCCGUCUCCGCUGACCUACACCGGCAGCUUCUACACGGAGUCCGGGCCGUGCAGCGCGGACGCGCUACUCAACAUCCUCACGGAGAUCGUCGGCAUCUCCGCGGCUCCUGACAACUUGUCUCGCGGAAACGCGCUGUCACGCCAGGAGUCGCUGUUAUCCACCGGGAGCUCGCUGGGAUCGCCGGAAUCGCUCUGCAACGACUCGUCGGAUGAGUUCAUGGACGCGAGCGCGCAACAGUUCUCCUACCCUGCGAUUAAGAGCGAGUUUGGCAGCAGCAGCUGCAACGGCGGUGAUCUUUUCGAUGGCUUCUGCACUACUUCUCACGAGCCUUCAGACUUGGAUGACAUCAUUGACUUGCUCUCUCCACUUGGUCCAGAGACUGACUCAGUUUUGGACACGUGGAUCAAGCAAGAGCCCUUGGAGCAAGCGAGCUUCCAGAUUCCCGCUUCCCAUGAAAACAGCCUCUACAGAAACAUUGCGUUCCCUGGAUUCCCCUGCGCAACGACCGCGCUUGCCGACGCGCUGGACUCCCUCCUCUCCACCAACAACACGCUCACUCAAAGAAGCAAACCGCGCGCCAGAAAGGGCGAGAAGCCCUUCUCCUGCCCGAUUGAGAACUGCGAGCGCCGCUUCUCGCGUUCCGACGAGCUCAACCGCCACGUGCGCAUCCACACCGGCCACAAGCCCUUCCAGUGCCGCGUGUGCCUGCGCUGCUUCAGCCGCAGCGACCAUCUCACCACUCACAUGCGCACGCACACCGGCGAGAAGCCGUUCUCCUGCGACGUGUGCGGGCGACGCUUCGCACGCAGCGACGAGAGGAAGCGGCACGGUCGCGUGCACCUCAAACAGCGUGAGAGGAUGCAGCAGAAGACGGAGCUCCUCGCCGCGUGCGCGUUCGAGCUCCAGUGCGCGUGAGCUCCAGUUCUGCCAAUUCUUGGGAAGUUUAUGGCUCGUUAAACGCAAGAGCAGCUCAGAGCUCCGCAAACUGGAGGAGGAAGCGAGCACCACACGUGACGUGUUGAUGUGCGCGCUUGGCAUGCGGCUGAAAGCUUGUAAAAACUCUCAUUUAUUGUCUGCAAAGCCAGGCACGUUUCCGGUGGACAGCCGGAGUUUAACUGUCAAAAGUCGCAGAGCGCAACGAAAAUGUCGGAGAACGCCGAUGAACCUCAGAUGUUGUGUAUGAAGUACCCUGCAUGUCUUGAUGUGAACGCCCACUUGUUUUACACUGCUGGCAUGCAUCACGUGAUGUCCUCUUGAACUUGUUGUAUUUUGAUACUACAUCACUUUAUAAAGCACACGAGAAGAGCUCUAUAUAUUUGUACGUUAUUGAUUGUAAUUUUGUAUUGUCGAUUUUCAAGAGAGUAUAAGAGAAAUCUAUCUUAUAGGUUUUCAUAAGUGAUUGUAUUCCACUUUCGACAGUAGAAUGUGUUCGGUUGGUUCUUGGGAACCUGAUGCGCUAUAGAGUACUUAAAAACUUCAACAUCGUAGUUGAGUUGCAGUAGCACACUUAGAUGUGCAGAAUCACUUCCGGUUUCUUCUGGAAUCGCCGAGGUCGUUUCGAUAUUGUUGUCUAUUUGCCUUUGGAAACUGUUCUUGUGCAAUGAAACGCUGUUAAAAUGCCUUGUGAAUAUUUGAGGCCAUUGAAUGUUUCAAAUAAAACUUUAUUUAUUGACAUUA